AUGAUAGGUGAUCUUCCAAUUGAGAUUCAACUUAAACUAUUGUCGUUGGCUCCAAGAAGUUCUUUAAAAUCCGUGAAUUCUCAUUUUUAUGUGCUCUAUAAUGAUCUCUAUUACCAAAAAAUUGUUCAAGUCUUCGGAGAGUCAAUUAUUAAUGUGCUAAUAAAAACAUCGCCAUGGUUGAUAACAUAUAUGAAAUCUUUAGAUGUUAUAAGAAGCCAUCUAAGGAACUUGAUAGCAUCCAAGUUAAAAUUACCUAUACCAAAUGAUAAGAAUAAUGCAACAACUGAAAAUGUACUUCAUUUUCAGUACUUGGCUGAUUCUUGGAAGUAUAUCUAUUCAUUGCUCAAGAAUAAGAGACUAUUUGCAGAGUAUUCUGAUUAUAAAAUUGAUGAGCCUACAAAUUAUGUGUUUAAUCAUUUCGUGGAGAUAAAUAGAACUUAUCUUCUAUCUUACUCCAAAACCCUUUGGCUAUCCCCAGGAAAAUACAACCUAAAUAUAGGACUAGUAAUAAAGCAUGGCAAUGGAUUGGGUACGACUAAAUUUGAAGUUAGCUAUGGUGGCGAUAAAGAUCCAAUAAGACAAUCAUUUUUCGCUCCUCGGAAUAUAAACGAAAUCCUACCCAAGAAGCAAUUUUGCUUUUUGAAGUUGGGCGAAUUUGAAAUAAAGCCUGCGAACAAGACGAAACUUGAAAAUCCGCUAAAUAAAUUGAUUAAAGUUAAUCUAAUUAUGGAAGAGAUAGGAUUGUAUCUUAAGUCUGGAUUUAGGAUCUUUUUUAUAGAUGUCUCACAGCCAUCUACAUUAUUUAACGAUUAUGAUUUACUCUAUUAUACCGUUAAAGAAAUUGAUUAUAGAUAUUUCAUAAAUAUACCAUUAAAAAAUUUUUACAAGGCACUUAAUUUUGUGCAAAAUGGGGGUUCUGAAGAUGAUGGGGAUGCUAGAGAAAGAAAACGGAAGUUAAGCAUUGAGGUUGAGCAUUAUGAAAAAGAAGAAGAAAAUUCAAAUAACGAAGAAGACUACUACGGAUCAGGAGACCCGAAUGAGAUUGAGACUUAUGAGACUGAACUUUCAAUCGCUGAGGCUGUAGAAUCGAAUAAUGAAGCUAAUGAUCUUGAUGAAAAUGAAAAGCAAAUAAAGGCAUAUGGAAAGUUCUACUUUCUAAAUCGAUUCGGUAAGAGAUACUUCAAAUUUAACACUGUAUAUCAGAGAAGACAAUUCAUAAAUAGAUUUGGAGAUUUCGAGUUGGAUUGGAAUGACGAGAAUGUUAAAGGAAAUGGCGAUAAAAAGAAGGCAUGUAACUAUGAUCUUAAUGGCUUGAAAUGGAAAAUGCCUAUUCUAGGUGAGUUAUAG